AUGAUGAACAGUUCUACAAAUGGGGAUGAUUCUCCUUCGGCAAGCUUCCAAAAAUUAUGUCAAAAAAUGCUGGAUGGCAGCUCCAAAAAUCUAACAAAGAAGAAUGUGGAGGACUUUCGUGUUAUACUCCAUAUGAUUAUGCACGAAUGCUCUAAAGCCAAUAUCGAGACGGGAAAGCACUGGGUGUUUGAUCACUGCCAUUCUUCUGCUCAUGUCGCUGCUCUGAUGGACUACAUCUACUCGUUGGCAAAGUCUCGUUCAGGACAAGACGAGAGAAUACACAUGCUAUAUCUGAUCAACGAUGUGGUGUAUCACAUCUCUAGAAAACAACUGUCUUGGAUGAAGGAUGCUAUUCUGCCCCUGUUGACACCCCUUUUGAAGCUGGUAUACGACGGUGCCACCACACCUGAACUCAGAGCUAAAGUAACCAAGGUUAUAAACAUUUGGUACACCAAGAAGAUAUUCAAAUCAGAUAUUAUUGAUGCCAUCCAGAGAGAUGUCACAGGUCAGCCGACCCCACAUCAUGUCGAAAAGCCUUCAGCCAUGAAUGCACCUCUGCCUUCGCCACAAUCACAAGCGCACCAACCACCACCUCCUUCCAUGACACAACACUAUCGCCCCAUUUCUUCUCCAGGGCCCGCACAAGUACCCAUAAUCGAGAAGCCCUACUUUGAGUUGCCCGCAGGCCUAAUGCUCCUAUCCAAGCAGAGCAACUCGUACGAACCUUUGGAUCCAGACGCCAUUAAAGUACCCUACGCAAGACCAGUACCUACAAAAGAAAUGAUCGCAGCUGUAGACGACUUUUAUGCUGGUCUAGAAUUGUUGAAUGCAGACGAUGUUAUCCUAAACGGUAAGCACGGCCAAAACAAUAAGGAUACUCAGGGUUGGGAGAAGGGCUAUUUGGAUGGCUACAGAGAAGCAUUACUGCAACAGAAAAGAGACGAAAUGGAACGUCAUAAAUUGGCGGGCGCUUCGAAGCACUAUCAUGCUCCUCCUAUGGCGGGUAUGAAUAGAGAUGCUUACAAUAGACGCCAUAGUCCAGGGUUCAGUAGUCGUAGUCGUAGUCGUAGUCGUAGUCGCAGUCGUAGUCGAAGUCGUAGUCCAAGUCCAAGUAGAAGACGUGGCCGUGGUCGUGGUCGUGGUAGCCGUGAGAGAAGUUAUAGCUAUAGUCGCAGUCGUAGCAGAAGCUAUAGUCCUGAUUAUCAUCGUCACCACAGCAGCAAUAACUCCAGCAGAAGAUCAAGAAGAAGUUACAGCAGAAGCCGUAGUCGAUCACCUCCAUCCCAUUAUCGUGGAAGCGGCCGCAGAGGCUCGCCACUGCCUUACCGAGGUAGAAGCCCUCCUCGAGGCAGAAGUCCAAGUGGUCGAGGCAGAAGACCUUCACCACCUCGAAGCUAUCAUAGCCGCCCUUAUGAACAUCAACGACGUUACAGCCGCAGUCCAUCACCUCCGCCAUCUAUAUCGUAUCGUCAACCACCUCCACCGCCACAAGCACCCUCCUCAGUUCGUCCUAAUUCAUUGCACUCCUCCUCUAUAAAUCCUACAAACCAGUAUCCACAAAGCAGAGGAGCAGGAGCAGCCAUAAGCGGCGCAAGCAGUGUGGGUGGUAGAUCCAAUGUUGACAGUAUACCGCCUGUCCUGUCUGCUGAAAACAGAUACAUGGGAUUAGGCAGUAAAAGCUCAUCAUCGACAGCAGAUGAAUUUGAUAGUUUUAGACGAAACAAGAGCCAAGCAUUUAGUAAUCGAGAGCCACAGCAGCUAUUCACUUGCUACAAAUGCAACAAGACUGGUCACUUGGCCAGAGAAUGUACAAGUCUAUGA